AACUGUGUGUGUCAACCGGCACGAAAAACUUUAAGUACACCUUAACCAAUGCAAAAUAUGUAAAACAAAAAGUCCACAAAAUAAAAAAUUAAAUUAAAACGCGAAAAUAAAAAAAAAAGCUCAAGACAUCAACGACAACGACGACGGUGGCGAUUGUGAAGAACGUUCUAUGAAUUUUAAGCAGACGUCCAGCAGUCGCCCAUUUAUGGGAGGGGGUACCACCUCAUCACUUGAGGUUUGGAUUCUUAUAAAAUCUAACGUCCACCAUCGAUCAGAUAUCAUUUGUCUGGUGGAAACUUACAGAAGAAGUAAAGUUUAGCUCCGAUACUUAAGUCCGUCAAGUAAAUUCAAAUUUUCAACCCGAAAACCAAAAAAAACAAGUGUCCACUUUAAUCCCGCUUUUGACUUCGUGGAUACAUAAGUUUUUGUUUUUCAUACCCCCGCAAAAAAAAAGGAUAAUUAUCGUGAAAAUGAAGUUCGGUGCGAUCGCUGCAGUGCUGCUUGUCAGCCUUAUUGCCUCUUCCAUGGCUGUUCCAGCUCACAAAAGAAUGGCAUACUAUCAACAGCAACCUUCUUACUACUAUCAAGCACAGGUGCUGCCACAGCGAAUGAUGUAUGUGCAACAAUCUUCCCCACACACUCAUGCCCGUUCCACAGCUUUUGUGGCUGGUGAUUCUGUUAGUGCUGGCUCAGUUCUGAAAGAUUGCAUUCAUCCAGAAGAUGUAGCCAGUGUUGAACAACAAGCUGCUGCUGAAUCCCUUGAUCAAGGCUACCCAGCAGCUGGUGGACAAGCUUCUGCCGAAUUCGAAGGAACCUUUGCCGAUGGUGGUGAAGCUGGAGUGUCUGCCUCAGUUAAUGUACCUGCCCCAGAAGAUCCCCAAGUUCCAGAGGUCCCUGAAUUACCACAAGCUCCUGCUGUAGAAAACCAAGUUUUGGAAGAUGACUCUGCUCCAGCUCCAGCUGCCCCAGAAGUUGCGCCGGCUGCUGACCUUCCAAGUGACAAUGAGGCUAAGGUUCCACGUGAGUACAACUUUGAGAAGCCAGCUGAAGCCGCACCAGAACAACCAGCUGUCGAUUCUCAAGUUGCCGAAGAAGCUGUUCCAGAAGUUCCAGCUGUCCCAGAAGUCCCAGAGGUCCCAUCAUCAAACCCCGAACAAGCUCCAGAAGCCCCAGAAGCACCAGCAGUACCUGAAGUACCAGAAGCUCCCGCAGCUGCUGCCCCCGCUGAAGUUCCACUUGCUGCUGCCCCAGCUCCAGUUGCCCCACCAAAACGUUACCUCCCACCCAAGAAGAAGAUCACUGUCAAGCUCGAUGAACAAAGUGAAGCCGCUGCUGAUGAUGAUGAUGAAGUAGAUGUUGAUUCAUACCGUCCAGCUCGUGUACCAAAUGCUCGUCGUCCAGUCAAGGCCCCAGCAAAGGCUGCAGCUAAGGCACCUCUACCAGCUGGUUCAUUCUUCCCAAUCAAUUUCGGAGGUACCAGUGGUGGAGCUAUUGCUAUUGCCAACAGUUUUAGCACCGGUGAGGGUGGUUCAGCAACAAGUCAUGCUAUCGCUUAUGGAAGUCCAGACGCUGCUAGGGCAAAGGCUCGUCCAGUACGUCGUCAUUAAAAGGAGGCAUUAGAAACAAUUUUUUUUUUUUUUUGAGAGAGAGAAGAAACACACGCAUACAACGACUUUUGCAUUACAAUGCAUUUUAACACCCAAUUGUUUUUAUUAUUUUGUUUAGUUUUUUUUUUAUUUUAUUUUUUUUAGUUUCUUUUAAUU